AUGCCUUCUGCCUGCUGCACCGAUGCCCCCGCGGAGUCGAAGGGACCAACCAUCGCCAAGGUGACCGACUUGCGAGAGAGUUUGCCAUAUCUUAUUGUGGGUAGACUUAGACCUAUCGAUUCACUACAACUCUUCCCUCCAUCUUUGGUACAGGUGCUCGGGCGGCAAGAUUCCGUGGCAAAAGACGAGGGUGGCAAAAGAGUGAUACAUCUCACAGCAGCAGCUGGAGAUUGCGCAUUGCUCAAGGUCUUAUUGCACCAAGGAUUAUUUAAUCUUAAUGACGUAUGCGAUAAUGGCAUGACCGCGCUCGCAUAUGCCGCUGAACACGGACAGAAAGACGCCGUUGAAAUAUUGCUUGAACGACCGGACAUUGACUUGGAAGCGAAAGAUAAUCAUGGUCAAACGCCGCUCUCACGAGCCGCCUGCCGCGGACAUGAACAAGUCAUUCGACUACUUUUGUCCCAUCCAAGAGCUAGAGCACAUUCGAGAGAUAAAUCAGGUCGGACGCCGCUCUCCUAUGCCGUUCAGAAUGGGCACUUAAAUGUUGUUCGAUUACUACUCGAUCGACCAGAGAUUGAGGCUGGCGCAAGAGAUGACAAUGGCCUGACCCCAAUCUGGCAAGCCGCUUGGGGUGGCUACAAGGACAUCGCGGCACUUUUACUGGCCCGACACGAUGUUGAUGCCAAUGUGAGAGAUGACGAUGGUACGACGCCGCUUUGGCGCGCCGCCUGGCGUGGACAAAGAGAAAUUGUCAAACUGCUACUAGAACAAGCAGGCAUGGAAGCUGACGCAAGAGAUGAGAAUGGCCUGACGCCUCUGUGGUUUGCCGUCUGGAAUGGACACGCAGACGUUGUUCCGCUGCUGCUAGCCAGACCAGAUGUCAACGCCGACAUUCAGGACAGGUACGGUUUGACGCCGCUCUCGCGUGCUGCUAGCAGGGGUUACACGGAAAUUGUACAACACCUCCUAGCCCGGCCAGACGUUCGCGCAGAUGCACGCGACGGACAUAAUCGUUCGCCGCUCUCCUAUGCGGCCGAGCGAGGACACAGAGACAUUGUCAAGCUGCUACUUGAUCGAGCACAUGUCGAAGCAGACUCGAGGGAUAUCAACGGCUCGAGCUCGCUUUGGGAAGUGUCAUUGGGGGCGCAUGCAUAA